UACUUUUAGCGAUGAAAUAUACUAGAUUCUCUAAUCGGCUCUCAUGUAAUAUUGUACAAUAACAAUAAGCUGUUGUCGUUAUUGCAAUUCCGAGACGAAUUAAUUCAGGAAAUAAUAUUGAGGUCGAAUACGCGCGACGUGAGAGUUACGAGAUUUGAAUUUGGGCGCCCUUCAUGCGUCUUGCUACGGCAGAUGCACGAAGGUCAAAAGUAUUUUAAAAAUAAGGCCGUAGGCAUUCGCAGUUCGCAUGGUAGUGGACGUUAAGGGACGAGUGGCGUUGAAUUGUAAUGGCAAAAAGUUUGCAAAAGGGUUAGCCAAGAGCAUCAUUAUCACGGUGGCUGGGAUACGUUGCGAAUCCUUCAGGACAGACAGUUUGGUUGUAGGGUCGGGAUUGGAGAUAGACAAGAUGGAUCAGCAGUAUUGCCUCCGGUGGAACAAUCAUCCGGCCAACCUCACCGACGUCCUAAGCUCGUUACUGGCGCGUGAAGCACUCUGUGACGUUACCCUGGCCUGUGUCGGCGAGACCUUCAAGGCGCACCAGACAAUACUCUCCGCAUGCAGUCCGUACUUCGAAAAUAUUUUCCUCCAAAACAUACACCCUCACCCCAUCAUAUUCCUCAAGGAUGUCAACGACACGGAGAUGAAGGCGUUACUACAUUUUAUGUAUAAAGGCGAGGUUAACGUGAGUCAGCAUCUGCUGCCAAUGUUCCUUAAGACCGCAGAAGCGUUACAGAUCAGAGGUCUCACAGAUAAUAGUGUAAAUAACAAAUCCGAAGAAAAAAGUCCCUCGCCAGAGCCAGAAGCUCAGACCGGUGUCAGGCACACCGACUCCCCAAAUCUUCAGGCUCAUCCUGAAAAGAGGAAACGAAAGGUCUCUGGCAACUACGACGUAUCCCUCACUGGACCACCCAGUGAACGGUUCUUGUCAGAUUCUCAGGCAUCUUCACAAUGUAGUUACAAAUCAAGUCCUACGGUGAUUCCAAAGUUAAAUAACACUAUAGGAGGUGAUAUAGAGGAUGGCAGUCGACCUAUAUCUCCUUCGUCUCAACCGCAAGCUCCAAUUAAACAGGAACUGGAUCAUCAUAUGCCUGAUUUCCAUGACAAUAUUUCCCUCCCAGGUCAUCCAGUUGGAUUACUAGGUGAAGAUGGAGGACCGACGACAGGAACGCCAAAUGACAGUGUGCAGGGGAUAGAAUCAUCCGAACAUCACAAUCCGCCCGAAAUGCUUGAUGGUCUUGAUGGUUCAAAAGCCUGGCACAUGCGGCUGACCUUUGACCGGGUGCCAGGCGGCUGCAACCUUCACAGGUGCAAGCUGUGCGGCAAGGUCGUGACGCACAUCAGGAACCACUACCACGUCCACUUCCCCGGCAGGUUUGAAUGUCCUCUUUGUCGUGCCACGUACACGCGUAGCGACAACCUGCGUACACACUUUAAAUUCAAACACCCCGAAGCAAGAAAGAUUGAUCUUAACGAUUUUAUGGCCGGCUCGUUGGCAUUAUCAGCCGCGAAUAACGAUACUAUGAACACGCUCUCCUAAAGAGCUCGUCGGCUCGCUCCCUCGCUCGUUCGUGGUGAUUGUGAUGAUCGUGACACGUGCGUGAAUGAGAGUCUUCGUCGUCGUGGUCGUCAUCAUCGUCUUCGACCUCGUCUUCGUCUUCGUCGUCGUCGUCAUUGUUCAUCCUUCUGCACAGCUCCGGGCGAGAGUGCGAUGCGUGGCAAGCCAAAGAAGGGCCGGUAUCUUAAUCAGUUUAUAACGAACACCAAAUCUUAUAGGAUCUACGCUUAAAAAAUAAGAAAAUAAAACAAAAGAGAUAUAGUGAGCGAAAGGAUAAUGUCAGUGGAGAGUACCGUCUCCAGAGAAGGACGCGAUCAGCCUUAUUUUUUUCUGUGGUAAUCGAACGCUGUGUCGAUCGAGGGCCCUAUGUAUAAAGUUAUAAAAAAUGAAAACGAAGAAACGAAUGUGCGGUGUGAGAUAAAAGAGACUAAUUGCGAAAGAUUUUAAUGGAAUUUUACACAAAAUGGGAGCAAACGUGGUGCCAAUUCCUCCCGUAAUUGCUGCUAAGUGGCGAGCUGACAAGCAGCAGGAAAGAAUAUUAAUUAUUAAUUAACAUUAACCUAAUGUAAACAGAAGUAAUGCAUCGAUGCGCAGGGUGAGUCGUAUAGUUGUUGAAAUUUUAUAGUUUUUCUUCAUAUUAGAUAUCGAUUCUCUUCGUUAAUAGAUACUCCUAAACAUACGCGAAUUACAGGUGCAACGUUAGAAGAAGAACAUUCGCCUAUGUAAAACUUUCAUGUAUCGACAAGUCUUGAAAAGACUCAACUAGCGUAGUACGUUUUGAAUUCGCGUUUAAGGUAUACUGCGCCAGUUGUUCGAGUCUCUGUAGUACGUAUCGAUAUUGAAAAAAAAGUUGCAUCAGACUAAAGCACACAAUUGACACAUUUCAGAAUUACGGAUCGAUGAUCGAUUGACAACGAAAUUUUUGUCCUAUGCAUUGUUUUAUAAAGUUACGGUAACGUAGCUCAGCGGGUCUAAUAUGAAAUUAAACUAUAAAACGCGUGUUACUUGUUACAUAACACUUAAAUUCUAUAAUUAUAACAAUUAAACUGCACACCGCAAAUGCAAUAAGCAGAAAGUAAAUAGUGGAAAUCUUAAGAGACAUUCCACGAGUGGGACUUAAAUGCAUAGGCGACACAAUGUAAGGAUGUACCCUACUGGAUGGUGAUUAUGAUGAUAAGGAUAAUGAUGAUGAUUUAUAGUACUAUAUUUUAUACUUUACAUAUUCUACUGUUAUAUUCUACAUUGGUUGGAGAUAGUUAUGUUUAAAAGGCAAUUUUAUCCAAGGGAUGGCUUACAAUAUUCACAACCUCGUUACACAUAGAUAUUUCAUAGGUUGGGGUGCAAUCCGUUUGUUCUUUAAUCUUUGUUUAUUGUUUCUCUAGUGUGUUUUUGUUUUUCUCUACGUGGAAAUUGCGUAAAUGUUUUCAAACAGGAUAGAUACAGACGCAAGAACAGAUACAGGACCGAGUUUGCUAGCUAUUCAAAGAGCCAAAUCACGCUGAAUUGUGAUCACCUGAUAUUGCCGCCUUUUUAUGUCUUUUCUUACUUCGAAGGAAGGGGCACUUUGCAUAGUUAUGGCUACCCGAACAUACAUACGCAUAUCUAAUAAUUUAAUAAUAUAUAGCCAGAAUAUUAAUAUAUAACGCUGAUUCAGAUUAUUAUUAUUAUUACGAUAUUCUUAUUAAUAUUAUUACAAGGUAUAAUAUAUUGGAUAAUUUAUUUUGUUUUACCGUUUUAUGAUUUUAUAUAUGUGUUGUUACUAUUUCACCAGAGGAAAGCACUAUUCCCUAUUCAGCGAUGCGCGCAUAUAUAUAAUUAUUUAUUUGCGAAACGGAGAAACUACAAGAUACAGGCCUACCGCAAGUUGAUCGUUUUGCCAAUCGGUCUCUCUGUGUUUUUCUGUUUAUAUUUUUUUAUUCCUUUUUUUGCUCUGUACGAGAAACUUUGAAUCUUCUUCGAAUACACAGUACCGCAAGCUUACCAAAUAUAAUAGUCGGAUAUUAUUUGCUGCUUUUGUGUUCUACAUGUAUUCCAAUUGCGUUUUCACCGCGGGUUUUAAUGAAGUGGUUUAACUCGAAUCGAUGCGCGCGCAGAAUUGCACAUUGGUUGUACAUUAGUUGAUUUCGACCACUUCCAAUUUCCGGAAUUGUUCAGCCAAACGUCAAGCCGCGCUGUUUAUUACCGCAUCUCUGUAAACCUCUAUAAUAACUGUGCGGCUUCCGUUGAUCGUUCGGAUAACUCUAAUGAAUUUCUCGUCAUAGGAAUUGUGGGGCGCGUGAAACUGCAAAAAUUAUUAUUACGACCAAAUUUGGUUUCCGUUUUUCUGGAGGGGGGAGUAGGUGGGUUUCGUCAAAUGAAUCUGGUUAACCAGGGUCAUUCGCGUACCGACCGUAAAUAAUGGAAUUCACAUCAAUGUAGUCGAUGACAAUGUUUUUUAUACUCAAGGACAUGCACUCAGGUGUCAUUUGAUAAAAUAUAGUAACCAGUUUUACUCGUAAACAAAUAACUUUGAAGUAUUUUCUCUGAAAAAGAGUCGAUUUAAGAUAAUGGGAAACGUUUAUCUGGUGCCGAAAAUAAAGUGGAGUUAUUAUUUUAUGAAUAAAGUUGGUUAAUAUGGUCCUAGUGAAUCCUUGGUACAUGAUCUUGUGAUGGGGUGAAAACGCACGUGAGUCAGGAAUACUGUAUAAACGCAUUUAGAGUCAUUAGAUUGUCAACGGUCCCAUCUCUCUCACCUCUUAUCAUCAAGGAUUCGAGUCACUGCGUGGAGAAUUUUUUCUUUUUUUUUUGCCUGCAUGCAUCUACGAUUAACAUUAGUUCUGUGCGCUUUUUUACUCUAGUAUCAAUUAUUACAUCCAACAUUGUAUAUCUACGAGGAGGAAAAUGAAUUGUUGUUAAUUUAUAAAAAUGCCUGUAGAAAAGUCUUGUUUAAUUUAGAGUUUGGUAAAAUUCCAAUUGAAAAAAUGUAUAUGGUUAAAGUAAACUUUGGUUUGUUUGAUGUAUUUAAUUUUGUCGUACGAAUUGACAUUUACUCGAUUUUUAUAUGACACUGACUAGUAAUACGGAUUUUUCCGUAAAACAAGCCUGUCAAGUAUAGCUCGAGGGCUAGUAUUACGGAAUUCUCCGUAACGUUAGACAGUUCGUUUUGAUAUUGAUAAGGAAUAAGGAAUUUAUGAGACUGAAACAAGGUUUGAUUUAAAUGAGAUUUUUCUCUGGAUGGUGUAACGAAUUUGUGAUAAAUGCGUUUCGAUCAAAUGUUAUUUACGAAAAUCACUCAAAUCUACAAUUGGAUUACAUUUGCGUUGAAUUGGUUUGUGAAUUAUUUUAUACACGACUGAGCGUCUGAUUCAUUAUUAUUUGUGCUAUAGUUUCCGUUAUCUUUCGAAACAUAAAAUUAAAAAAAAAGACUUACAAACAUUCAAGUAAUACAUUUUGGCAGCCAUUAGUAUUAAUAAAUUGUGUUAAUCUUAUACGUGAUACUGAGUAGGAUUAAUCUUUGGAUUGGAUUCUCUUUCGUGACAGUUAUUGUGAUUUAUACAUUAUGGGUAACAACGAUAUUAUCAAUUCAUUUUCUUCCACAUGGCGUCAUAAGUAACACGUCGAAAUUACUUCUUCCAAAUUUGGAUAUUAAAAAUUCUAGGAUCUUACGUUUGUUAUGAUAUUUAGUCUAUUAAAUUAAUUAUGAUAUUAAGUAUUAAAAUGUUUAUUACAAAAUAUUUAUGACGUCAUAAUAAGCUUCUCUGUAAUUCUUUAAAUGUAACCCUUUCCUUGUGAAGAUUCUUAUUUUCGAUUUACUUUAUUAUGCUUAAAGAUUUUGAGAAAAUCUUGCUUAAUGCUGUGAAGUAGGUUGUGCUGCUAAUGAUUUCCACUAGUGUUUUCGAAAAUGUCUUUACAUACUAUUAUAAUUUUUUCGUGAUAAUGAGAGAAACGAUCUCGUGUGUGGAGUGAUAAAAUUGUAUAUAAAACUUUUUGUUCUCUUGUUAUACAUAGAUUCUCUAGUUUUGUUAUCUGAGUCUUGAAUUCUUACACGCCUAUGCUUGCCAAUCUCACAGAUUUGUAGAUUCAAAUAAAUAGUAAUUUCUGUACUUUUAAAUGGAAAGAGUGCAUAAGAUAUAUUUAGAAUAUUAAUUGUUGAAUAUUUUUCCAAGACUUUUGAAAAAUUGAAAAAUGCCUUAAGUUGUACAAUUUUGUCACUCCUGACAUUCGAGAUCGAUUGGGUAUUGAUUGAAUACAGUUUGUGAUAAUUAUAGGAACGUUUUAACAAUUUUGGAAUUUUAACUUAAUAAUAAUAAUAAUACUAUUGUACGGAUUUCCACUUAAUAUUUAACUGCAAAGAAAGAAACUGCGAAUAUAGUGGCUUUUGGCCCGAAUGCGUGUCCUAGAGCUGCGGAUGAGCAGACAGAGAAAGGGGAGUGUAGGUAGAUGAACUCGAGGGUAAAAAGUGAGAGAAAAUUUUUUGAGGAAGGAGAGGGUGGGAAAAGUAAGGAAGAAGAGAGAAAGAGAGAAAUACUCGGCACAUACAGAUUUCACAAAGUGUAAUAAAACGGCCUGCUCCACGCUCGUGGUGCUGGUCGCCAGGCUGUUAUAUUGAAACCUUUUAUUAAUUAAAAUGAUUAAUACUACAAAAACAA